GUCUCUCAAACAUAUUUCGGCCGCAAGCUUUGAUAGAUUCGUGACCGCAGGCAUGUUUCCAGUUUGCAGGGACAGGGACCACCCAUCAUUUUUUAUUAUUUUUUAUGCGCAUUAGAUUAAAUAAACAAGCAAUCGAGUUCGGUCGUAUUCCAUGCGCAGUUCAUGACAUAAUUAGCUUGAAACAAACCGAGGACAAGUAAGAUGGUUCAGCGAUGGGAACAACGACCAGUACUCUCCAUGACCUAACUAAAAAUGAGCACUUGCAGCGCUUGGUGGGCAAGGAUUCUAUUACUCCAAAUGACCCGUACUGGAAUCAGUUGCUGUCAUUCACCAUUAAGCCACCAAGGACCAAGGGCGACUGCGAGUACCUUGAUGAAAGUGUCAAACCGCUGCUUCAUAACCUGCUGACCAACAAUGCAGCCUCGGGUAACUUUGGAGCUCUAGUUCAUGUGUUUUUGACACGAGCCCAAGAACUCAAGGCAUCAGCUCAGUGUGAAAACAGCAUCUUCAUUUGGCAGACAUAUAAUGCACUUUUCAUCAUAAAGUGUAUUGCCAAGUACUUCAUAGUAACCAUUACGGAAGAUAAUGUCGUAAAGCAGUUUCAUGCCUCCAGUGAAGAUGGAAAGCAUGAUGACUUGUUGGAACAGUUUAUUAAUGCGCUGGUUGAGAUUGUGGUCGAUGUGCCCCUUCUGGACUUCACAUAUCCACUUCAUGUUGAGGCCAUCACAUGCUUAGUGGUCCUCCUUUCAGUUCAGAUGUUCUCUUCUCACCCAGCUGCCAAAUCUCGCUUUUACAAGUCCAUCAUGAAAGGCAAAUGUUCUAUUCAUGCUUUGCUUUUAACAAAGAGUCUGCUACAAAACUAUAUCAGGCAAGACAAAUGCCCAGACAGUUAUCACAGUUCAAGUGGAGGAAGCAUCAUCAUUGGCCUUGCGUCUGGCUUGUGGAAUGUACUUACAUUGGGCUAUGGAAAGGGUGAUGGUGACCAGGGAAACCCCAUGCAGGAUGCUGUUCUAGCCCAUCACAGUCUUCUCCUCUUACUAGUCCUGUCCAACCACUGUACAAGUGACAAAGGACUUUGCAAUCCAUACCAAAAGGCACUCUUCACUUUUGUUAAUUCCCAGGAUUCUGGGAGUAGCGUCGAGGCUGUUCCAUCUUUCAAGCUCGACUACAGCAAGUUGUACGACACACUUUGCACGACACUGAACAAUGACGAGACAACAUUGCUGUUGUACCUGCUUCUUCAUAGGAACACUCAGUUCAGGACAUACGUCCUGUCGAGAUCUAAUAUUGAAGCACUUCUGAUUCCCAUUCUGAAGGUCUUGUAUGAUGCCCCCCAAAAAACAUCUCACCACAUCUACAUGUCUUUAAUUAUCCUGCUAAUUUUAAGUGAAGAUGACCUGUUCAACGGAGGUGUUCAUGACAUCACAUUGAAAAAUGUAGCUUGGUACACCGAAAGGUCACUGUUGGAAAUAUCUCUAGGUGGUCUACUCAUCCUGGUGGUCAUCCGCACUAUACACUUCAACAUGACAAGGACGCGGGAUAAGUACCUUCACACAAACUGCCUGGCUGCAUUAGCAAACAUGUCUAGCCACUUUAAAAGCCUCCAUCCGUACGUGUGUCAAAGAUUUGUCAGCUUGUUUGAGACCCUGUCCAAGAGGCUCUCUAGAGUCAUGGAUCAAAUACGAAACAACCCAGAGCUAAAACCAAGCGAAGAUGAGGACUUCUCCACAGAUUUACUACAAGACCUGUCCAUACUUGAAGAGGUUCUACGUAUGAUUCUUGAAAUCAUUAAUUCGUGCCUCUCAACACAACUGCAGAGCAAUCCCAAUCUGCUCUAUUCUCUUCUGUACAAGAGACAAGUAUUUGAACCCUUCCGAAUGCAUCCCAAUUUUCAGGAUGUGGUGCACAACCUUGACACGGUUCUUUCUUAUUUUUCAUCUCGACUGGAAGCUACAGACAAGAGCUUGUCUGUUUCUGAAGUCAUGGAAAUUAUCAAAGAAGCAGCUCUCCACUGGCCUACUGACAGGCUAAAGAAAUUUCCAGACCUCAAGUUUAGAUACGUUGAAGAGUCGCAGCCUGAGGAUUUUUUCAUACCAUACGUUUGGACUGUUGUGUACAAAUCAUCGGGCAUUCCUUGGAGCCAGCAGAAUUUAAUCCUCUUCAACCCAAACAAAGACCUCUGAGGUGUCUACUUAGUAGCCUCGCAGGGCAAUCUAGUAACUGAUGUUGUGGAACUGCAUGAGUAUGGCAGUUAUGGUUCUGUGCUUGCAUGAAACAUGGUUUCAAAGCUUCA